AUGCCCAAGAAUAAAGGUAAAGGAGGUAAAAACAGGCGCCGGGGAAAGAACGAGAACGAAUCUGAGAAACGGGAGCUGGUGUUCAAAGAAGAUGGACAGGAGUAUGCCCAAGUGAUCAAGAUGCUGGGCAACGGGCGCCUGGAGGCCAUGUGCUUUGAUGGCGUAAAGCGGUUAUGCCAUAUUAGAGGAAAACUGAGGAAAAAGGAUAAUAAAGCGGAUGUAAUUUUGAAGUACAACGCCGAUGAAGCGAGAAGCCUGAAGGCGUACGGCGAGCUUCCGGAACACGCCAAAAUCAACGAAACCGAUACAUUUGGGCCUGGAGACGAUGAUGAAAUCCAGUUUGAUGAUAUUGGAGAUGAUGAUGAAGACACUGAUGAUAUCUAA